AUGGCCCCAAACAGCUUCUCUUUGUCCACUCGAAUUCACCUCGCGAACGGCCUCUCAAUACCUCAAAUACACUUGGGAGUGUACUUGAUGUCCGGUCGAGAGGCCACGUCCGCCGUCAAAUGGGCACUCCAAGCAGGCUACCGAGGAAUUGACAGCGCGCAGAUGUACCGGAACGAACAAGAAUGCGGUCAGGCUAUCCGAUCCUUCCUGAAUGACACAGCCAGCAACACAUCUGGAUUAACUCGGGAAGAUAUCUUCUUCACCUCCAAACUCGCCUCCAAUACGAGCUAUGAUGCAGCUCGCCGCUCUAUCAGACAAUCGGUAAAAACAAGUGGUCUGGGCUACAUCGAUUUGUUCCUGAUUCACAGUCCCUACGGAGGCAAGAGUGCUCGACUUUCUAGUUGGAGAGCUAUUGAGGACGCUAUCGCGGACGGAGAGGUCAAGAUAGGGGGAGUGAGUAAUUAUGGUGUCAAGCACUUGGAUGAACUUAUUGCGUCCCAACCACGGAUCAUGCCCGCAGUCAACCAAAUUGAAGUUCAUCCGUUUAAUACCAGGACAAACAUCACUGAAGCUUGUCAAAAAUAUGGUAUACUGGUGGAAGCAUAUGCGCCGCUGGCGAGGGCUCUUCGCAUGAAGCACCCUACUAUUGUAUCGCUGGCAAAUAAAUACAACUGCACACCGGCUCAGCUGAUGAUCAGAUGGAGCCUCCAACACGGAUACAUCCCACUGCCCAAGAGCGUAUCGCAAGAACGAAUCAAGGCAAAUGGUGACAUCGGUCAUUUUGAGAUUUCCCACGAGGACAUGCAGGAAAUGGACAGUCUCGACGAAUACUUGGUGACUGAUUGGGACCCAGUUGAUACAGAUUAG